AUGUCCGAUGGUCUGAGCGUAUGUAUCGGCGAUCCAUCCCAUCUCACGUUCUCCGGUUCCCAUAUCUGGUGCUGGCACAUCAACUCCGGGGCCGAGGAAUCCCUUCUUAGCGAAUUCGAUAGCGAUACGACGAGUGAUCUUUUCGAUCUCGUAGUCGGUGUAUUGUUUAGGAUCAAUCUUGACUCCUCCCUUGGCUCCUCCGAAUGGAACGUCAACAACAGCGCACUUGUAUGUCAUGAGAGCAGACAGAGCCUUCACUUCAUCUUCGCACACGUCAAGGGAAUAACGGAUUCCUCCCUUGGUUGGUGUUCUGUGCUCAGAAUGCUGAGAACGCCAGGCCUCGACAACCUCGAACUCUCCGUUAUCACGACGGAUUGGGAAAGUGAUAAUAAGUACCUUGUUGACUGGCUUGAUUGCUCCGAGGAUUCCAGUGACGAGGUUCUUCUUAUCCUUCUGGCUCAAAGAGUUGGACUUGAGCUCUUCAACAAGUUUUGGGGCGAUGACCUCUGCUCCCUUGUCGAAGUAGAAGUCAACCAUCUUGUAGAAAGAUGGGUUGACUUGCUCCUCCAUCGGCUUCUGAUCGUCGAGUACUUGGGAGUGAGCAUCGAGAGUAGCGGCCGAAUAGUUUCGGACAGCGACCGAACGGGCGCCUCUGGCGAGCGUGCUCAACAUUACCUGAAAUUUUAUGAAAAUUAUAUUUUGAAGAAAAUCACGUAA